AUGCAGUUCGAUGUUGUGAAAUUUUCUUUACAGGUUGAACUUCAUCUUCAUCUUGAUGGAUCUAUACGGUUUUCUACAUUGCUCGAACUUUCUCUAGCCCGUGGUACACCACUGAAAGGAGCAAAGACUGUCGAAGAGCUGAAAAAAGUGCUCAUCACUCAUGAACCGGCUAAUCUCUCUAGAGUCCUGGAAGCAUUCGAUCUAUUCCUUCCCAUUGUUCGCGGCGAUAAAGCUGCCAUUGAGAGGAUUGCAUAUGAAAUGUGUGAAGAUCAAGCUGCUAAUGGAGUCAUCUAUUUUGAAGGACGAUAUUCACCCCACCUGCUUUGCCUUCCAGGUGGAGAGCUGACCGCUGUAGGAGUUGUGGAAGCCGUGAAAAGAGGUUUCGAUCGUGGUGAAGCUCAGUUCGGUGUUAAGGCCAGAUCGAUCAUAUGCUGUAUCCGAGCAACGGACUGUCGUCAUCUUGGUGUUGUUGCGAUAGACGUCGCCGGUUGUGCCCAUGGUGCCGACGAGCAGUACGAAGCCAAGAUUGUACACAUUUUCCAGGAAGCUUACAAAAGAGGCAUUCAUCGUACUGUUCAUGCUGGGGAGAGCGGUACAGCAAAGGAAGUUUACAAGGCAAUACACGACAUGCAUGCUGAUCGAAUCGGUCACGGUUAUCGUGUAAUGCGAGAUCCUGAUAUGUAUAGGAAAUACUUCGUUUACGAUCAUCGAGUUCAUCUGGAAGCAUGCCCCUACAGUUCAGUUAUGACUGGAGCAGUUCCGUUGGACUGGAAGAACCAUCCUAUUGCAACAUGGGCCAAAGACAAAGUGAAUUUCUCGGUUUCUCGUGACGAUCCAACAUGCUUCGACAACACGAUGCUAAGUGAAUUGGAGCUUGUACGAAGUGAAAUCGGUCUCACACCUCAUCAACUCUGGCAAUGCCAGCUGAAUGCGGCUCAUUCGUGCUUUUUAACGGAAGAAGAGAAGCGACCGCUGGUGGAGAAGAUUCUUGCCGCUGAACCACAUAAAUAA